GCCUCCUCCCUCCUUCUUGUUGCUCCUCCUGCGGCUCCUUCUUCCUCCUCACCGGCUCUUCUUCAUCGUCAUGGGCUUCGGCGACCUGAAAUCCGCCUCCGGCCUCAAGGUGCUGGACGGCUUCCUCGACCGCAGCUACAUCGAGGGGUACGUCCCCUCUCAGGCUGAUGUGGCGGUCUUUGAGGCGAUCUCGUCCCCGCCCCCGGCCGACCUGUGCCACGCCCUCCGCUGGUACAACCACAUCAAGUCGUACCAGAGCCAGAAGAGCAGCCUCCCAGGUGUGAAGAAGCCUCUGGGUCAGUACGGCCCCGCGGGUGUCGCUGACGCCACCGCCGCCUCCAAGGACAACGACGAGGACGAGGACGACAUCGACCUGUUCGGCUCCGACGAGGAGGAGGACGCCGAGGCGGCCAGACUGAAGGAGGAGCGCCUCGCCGAGUACGCCGCCAAGAAGUCAAAGAAGCCCGCCCUCAUCGCCAAAUCUUCCAUCCUAUUGGACGUCAAGCCGUGGGACGACGAGACGGACAUGGCCAAACUGGAGGAGUGCGUCCGCAGCAUCCAGAUGGACGGGCUGGUCUGGGGACAGUCCAAACUGGUCCCAGUGGGUUACGGCAUCAAGAAGCUGCAGAUCGGCUGCGUGGUGGAAGACGACAAGGUGGGCACAGACGUCCUGGAGGAGCAGAUCACAGCCUUCGAGGACUUCGUCCAGUCGAUGGACGUCGCAGCUUUCAACAAGAUCUGAAAACAAACAUCACGUUAAUAAAAAGCACUUGAACACAAAAAA